AUGGCGACGUCUGGUAACACAGUUUACGUCGCUGGAGAUGACAAAUCGAUUUAUGUGUCUCAAGAUGAUGAAUAUUCAAAAGUUGCUUUUUAUCAGAUGAAUUUUUAUGAUCAAAAUGAGACGGAUCUCGUUUUAGCCAAUGCUGGAGACAACUGUGUGGACAUAUACAAUAAAAUUAAAAAUGAUGAGGACGAGUACUCUUCAAAAAGACCUUUCGACUACGAAUUUAGUCAGAAAAUCAAUACUCCACUCCUUCGAACUCUCAAUUGCUGGGACAUCUCAAAUAAUUCACAGUUUUUGGUGAUUUCAACAAGCCGCGAGACAAUAUUUUAUGAGAGAGAAAAGGAUAAAAAAACCGGAAAAUACAGUGAACGGACUCGUUUGGAGCUUACUGUAACUGCUAUGUCGAUGACAACAGACUCGAAAUUACUCGCAGUACAGCCAAAUCUGGAAAUACUGAGAUUCUCGUUAUACAAUCCUGAAUCAAAAGGAGAGCUGUUCUUCGAUUUUAAGCGGAUUGGAGUGUGUGAUUGUCAAAUAGUUCAGUUCCAAGUUUCCUCUUGUGUUUCGAAAAUUGCAUUUCUAACGUCAAAUCGAAAAUUCUUCAUGACAAACAUUCAAGAUGUAGAUUUGAGAGAAUUCGAAAUCACGUAUCCAAUUCACGUCGGAUUAUUAUUCAGAAGCGUUUUUCAUGUAAUUCUCACGAAAGUGACUGAUAAAUCUGGAGAUUCUACAGUGGAGAACGAAUAUGAAUUUUAUGAGAAAGCCGUUCAAGAGUUAAAGGAACGAGAAUUCAAAGAGACACAUAACAAUUUGGUCCGAUCCGCGAAGUUUGCACUUACCAGAACUUGGCUUGAGUUGGGAGUGAAGUUGGCUGUUUAUGAUGCAGAAGAACGUAUCGUGGAGUUCAUGAAAAAGAUGCCCAUAUCUGCUGAGAUUACGACAGAUGACGGUGAUGACGUUUUUGGGUGUUUGAAUGGCGGAUGGAAUUGUACUGGAGGAGCUUCAUUGUUCUACGAAGAUCUCAGUGAACAGGAUGAAGAUGACUGGGACUAUGUUUUCAGAAACACGAAGCUUUUCCUUGAUGCUAUAAAUCUUCUCAGAAAAAACCAAACUUUCAAGGAAACAGCAUUGAAAGAUGUACUGGCAAUCUCAACACUGAAUGCCGUAAAACAAGACCUGGAAGUUGUCGAUUUCGGAGGAAAACAGUACACUAUCACGUACUGCAUUCAUUGA